AUGAUGGAAGGUGGUUUUGCUUUGCCACAUAGUUUGCAAAUUGAUCCAGGAAGAGAGCGGUUUCCAUGCUCUAUUGUUUGGACACCUCUUCCAGUUCUUUCAUGGUUGAUUCCUUUCAUCCGUCACAUUGGCAUUUGCAGAGAAGAUGGAGUUAUUCUAGAUUUUGCAGGGCCAAAUUUUGUAUGUGUUGACAAUUUUGCCUUCGGGGCAGUGGCUCGAUAUAUCCAAAUCAACAAAGAGAAGGAAUGUUGCAUUUCUACCCAUCCCUCUGCAUUUAAAGGAGAUGACGGAUACUGGCAUGAUGAUCCUAGGAGAGAGAUAUUAACAUGGGAUGAUGCAUUGCGAAAGGGCACGCAAGAGUUCCAACACCUGUCAUACAGCCUUCUCACUUGCAAUUGCCAUUCAUUUGUAGCAAACAACCUGAACAGGUUAGGCUUUCAUUCCGGUGGGUCGAAUGUAGAGAAGCUUGCUGUUCUCAUCUUCCUCAAGGGCUGGUGGGUUAGCAAAACAGCAUUUUUGAGAUCAUCAUUCUUGACAUUUGUUAUAGUAUCCAGUCUUGGACUGGCACUUGGUGGCACGACAUACCUGUCUUCUUAGCCCUUUUUGCAUUCCUCCUUGUUGUUUAGUUCCUUCUUGGUACUUACUGUUUCAAGAAUUUGAUCCAUUUGUAGCUUUUUACGUGUUUCAAUUCUCCAACUCCAUUUUUGUACAAGAU